ACGGGGGGAGGUUGUAUGUCCAAGUUCUUUCCUGUAAGAAACUGAAAGUAAAUUCGACAACUAUUUUAUGUAGCUUCACCCGAGACUGCUCGACAGCAGGAGAAAUGAGUUGUUACGGCGACCAGCACACAAUGCUGUCCUCAGAUGAUGUGCUGCCCCCUCCUGGUGACUUCCAGGUCCUGUUGCUGACAUUAGAUUCUGUGUCUCUGAGCUGGAGUUCUCCUCAGGGGCUGACAGGACCACAGACAUUCAGAGUGACCUGGGGGUUUGACGGUGAAACAAGCUCAACAAGAGUGAAAGGUGGGCAUCAUCUUGAAAUAAGCAGUCUCAAACCUGGUGAAAAGUACCAGUUCAACAUGGCUACAGAGGGAGAAGAUGGAAGACAAAGCAGAUGGGUCUCAGCAUCCCUAUCCACAGUGGUCCCACCCAGAGAUUUAAAGAUAGACCAUUUGGGAGAUACCUCAUUCACUCUCCACUGGUCCAAGGCUGAAGGGAUGGAGAAAGUCCCACAGCACUUCUUCAUAUCCAACUGCAUCCCAGGAACAGACACCCUCACAGCCAUUACUGACGACUGCCACAAAACUUUCUCAAACCUGCAACCUGGCACCGAGUACACUGUUAGUGUUACAACUGUGCUGAGCAAUGGGGAACAGAGUGAAUCUGUCUCUACAACAGUCUGCACUAUACUUCCUGCUCCAGAGCUGCUGAAUGUUGACUCAGUGGACACCACAUCAGCUGCUGUUAGCUGGAGCCAGCCACCAGGAUUGGACCAAACCCAACAUCAUUACCAGAUCUCUUACCGCUGUCCAGGGACAGAACUACACAUCACUACCACAUCUUCACCCAGCAUCACUCUCUCUGACCUGAAACCUGCUACUGAAUACUCAGUCACUGUCUGCACUGUGCUGGAAAAUGGAAAGCAAAGUCAACUCGUGUUAACAACCUUCACCACAGUACCCACUGCUCCUGUCCAGCUGACUGUUGACACCACAUCAGCUGCUGUUAGCUGGAACCAGCCACCAGGAUUGGACCAAACCCAACAUCAUUACCAGAUCUCCUACCACUGUCCAGGGACAGAACCCCACUACACUACCACGUCUUCACACAGCAUCACUCUCUCUGACCUGCAAUGUGGUACUCAGUACUCUGUCACUGUCUGCACUGUGCUGGAAAAUGGAAAGCAAAGUCAACUGGUGUCAACAACCCUCACCACAGUACUUCCUGCUCCAGACCAGCUGACUGUUGACUCAGUGGACACCACAUCAGCUGCUGUUAGCUGGAACCAGCCACCAGGAUUGGACCAAACCCAACAUCAUUACCAGAUCUCCUACCACUGUCCAGGGACAGAACCACACAUCACUACCAUGUCUUCACACAGCAUCACUCUCUCUGACCUGCAAGGUGGUACUCAGUACUCUGUCACUGUCUGCACUAUGCUGGAAGAUGGAAGGCAAAGUCAACUGGUGUCAACAACCCUCACCACAGUACAUUUUCAGUGGUGGAGGAGACCCUCCAGAGUUGCUGCAGUGUGUGUUCUACUGGCUGUCAUCAUAGGCCUGUUGGAUUCCUAUGCAACUUCAGAGAGAGACCAGCUACAGGCCAGUUACAACACCCUGACUAAAGAGAGAGACCAGUUACAGAAUAGUCUAAAUACCAGGACCACCGAGAGAGACCAGCUACAGAAUAGUCUAAAUACCAGGACCACUGAGAGAGACCAGCUACAGAAUAGUCUAAAUACCAGGACCACAGAGAGAGACCAGCUACAGAAUAGUCUAAAUACCAGGACCACCGAGCGAGACCAGCUACAGAAUAGUCUAAAUACCAGGACUACAGAGAGAGACCAGCUACAAAAUAGUCUAAAUACCAGGACCACAGAGAGAGACCAGCUACAGAAUAGUCUAAAUACCAGGACCACUGAAGUAGACAAGUUGAUGAAGAGUCUGAACACUACAACUAUGGAGCGUGACCAGCUACAGAAGGAGAUAGAACGACUGAACAAAGCGUCUUGUCCUGAAGGAUGGAGAAAGUUUGGCUCCAGCUUUUACUACCUCUCUACUGAGAAGAAAACCUGGGAGAACAGUAGACAGGACUGUCUGGAGAGAGGAGCAGACCUGGUAAUCAUUAACAGUGAAGAGGAGCAGACAUUUAUCAAUGGGUUUGAGUCAGUCAAGUGGGUCUGGAUUGGUCUGACUGACUCUGUUACUGAGGGAACCUGGAAAUGGGUGGACGGCACCCCACUGACCACCCCAAGGUAUUGGUGGAGUGGAGAGCCUGAUGGUGGUACAGACCAGAACUGUGUGGAAAUCUAUUACAUAUCGUCAGGCCAAGGAGUAUGGAGGGAUUUUGAUUGUUCCUUUUCACAAGAAUGGAUCUGUGAGAAAUAGGCUUCUCAUAGGUACUUACUCUGCACUGCUGAUUAAUGAACUCUCUACUGUAUGUUAAUGAUGGUCUGAAGACUGGUGGGAUUUGAUAGAAUGAAACUCUGAACUACAGCUAGGAGCGAAACACAUACAAACACAUUCACACACACGAAGAUAGCGAUCUGAACCAGAGUCUCCCGCAGGAGUAACCAACGUCUUAAUUAGACAAAGAGGAAAUUCCCUUUUGGGCCGAGAGCGGACACUGAUUUUGACAUUUUAGGCGGGGCUACCUCAUGACAUGACUAUGAGCAACCAAUCAUGACGGACUCAUGUCCGCUACACAAGCUUUCACACAAUGUAUUCAUUUGUCAAACAAUGAUGUGUAGAAUAGGGGUGUAAUAUCAUUCAAUAGCCGCUGUCAAUCAAUUACUGUUGUUUUACACUUCAAAUACAUUUAAAUUGACUAUAUGUUUAUCAGAUAUACAGCAUGUUUGCUUCUUGUGCUUUUAUCAUUCUGAACAUAAACAAUGUGUACUUCCUGCUAAUUCAAUAAAUCAUUCAACCGAUAUUAAAGA